AUGAUGUAUUCUUUUUUGGAUCGGCUGAUAAACUUGGCACUUCCUAGGACAAGGGAUUUCCAAGGUGUUAAUCCCAACAGUUUUGAUGGGCAUGGGAAUUACAGCAUUGGAAUUCGUGAGCAGAGUGUGUUCCCUGAAAUCAGAUUUGAUGCCAUUAGCAAGCCAAGGGGAAUGGAUGUUUGCAUAACUACAACAGCCAAAACAGACAAGGAAGGUCAGAAAUUACUUGCUCUCAUGGGAAUGCCAUUUAGAGAGGGUGGGGGACAAACAUCAGUUAUGCGCAAGAAGAAGCUGAAGGCUCAUCAUUUUGAUUCAAAAUCCAAGGGUCGGAGAUAA